AUGACUGACUUUUUCAGCACAUUUUUGCAGCGUGACAAUUGUGGUAUUCCCGGUGACCAGCCAGAUCCAAACCAAUGUAUAUUUCUGUAUUACAGUAAAAAAAAAAAAUCUGGGGCAUUUAAUUCUCCUAGACAUUCCUGGAGCAGCCCCAUGUGCCAAAAGUGUACCUAUGUAUUCCGUCCUGAGAGUACGGAAAAACUUCUCAUAUCAUUCGACACAUUUUCUUUAGGAAGUUACGAAACAUCAUGUUCAGAUUAUUUGGAAAUAUUUGUUUUUGUGGGAAAUACCAAACAAUUACUUAAUCGAUAUUGUGGUCAGCGAUAUCCUGCACCAAUUAUUGCACAACAAAACAUGGAAAUUGUCUACCAUGCUAAGGACACGGAAGGCAACUCCAAAUUCCAAGCUCAUUUUGAGUAUUUGAGGAGUAACCAGAUGUACACACACUGUGGGCGGAGCAUUAUUAGUUCAGGAGGAGGAGGCAUUUUAAAAAGUCCCCGGUUUCCGGCCAAGUAUACAAACAGAGUUUACUGUAAAUGGAGUAUCCGUGCCAAACGGAAAGGCAACAAGAUAAUGGUACAUUUCUACGAUUUUCGAUUAGAGGGCAGGACAUCUGGUAUUGGUUGGGUUGGAGCUGGUAUAGGCUGUCAGGAUGCAGUGAUGAAGUUACAUAAUGGCUCCAGCUCUCCACCAUUAGAACUCUGCGGGACGCUAAAUGCUGAAACUACAUUUGUAUCUGAAGAUGACACCAUGGAAUUAGAAUUCCUAACAUCUGGUAAAUCUUUAGGGGGGAAGGGAUUUGAAAUUAGUUGGACAGAGAUCCACUCUGAAGCAGGUGGAACCUGUUACGGGUUUUUAUGCAGCAGAUCUAGAUUCUGUAUCGGAGCUGACAUGAAGUGUAAUAAAAUGAAAAACUGUGGUGGUGGAGACAAUUCGGAUGAGACAACAGGAUGUCCUGCUGUCGGCAAAUUUGAAAUUCUCCACAUUGCCAUUGGAGCCUCUAUUUCAUCUUUUUUCUGCAUCAUUCUAGUCAUUUGUGGACUCUACCAUCGUCGUAAAUUUCGACCAGAUCGUAAACCCCCAGCAAACGACCAUGUGGAAGUACGUUAUGUAGCUGCAGCAUCCUCGUGUAAUACAACAGACCGUCUCUUAACAAUGGACCAAAAUGAUGGGCGUACAACAAUAGUGACAUCACCACAUCAAACGCCCAGUCAUACGCCCAAUCAAAUUUCCAAAUCAUCCAACCCGGGUACACCUGGAACCCCAGUUAAUCCUGGUACCCCUGUGCAGGGGGGCACUCCUAAUCAGACUCCAAACUUCUCUAAUGCUAAUCGGACUAGCAGUCGUGCCCCUCGUAUACAAAAGGUGUCCAUUGUGUAG